GAAAUCGAUGGAUCACUAGCCUGGGAAACCCGUGAGAGGUCGGGAAUACGUGGACCCCGGCCAGGCCUCGCAGGGUUUCAUCGGAGCUGGAGCAGAGGAGGGAUCAGCUGUGAACAGACCGGAUGGAGGCGAUGAAAAACUGACGAUAAGAGACUUUUAACCACACUCCAAGUGGACUUCUUAAAGGUGAAGACAAGACUCUAAGAUGGCGCUGACGUGGGCUGACAGAGCGGUCGGGGCCAUUAUCGGGGCCGCAGUGGCAGAUGCAGCAGCCCAGCCCAUGCACUGGAUCUAUAAUCCAGACCGGCUCAAAGAGGUUCUGUCUGAUCUGGAGCCGUGUCCUGAGUUUCGUCCUCAGUCAGCGAAUCCUUUUUACAGCAGGACGACUGGUGAGCAGACGUGUUACGGAGACCAGGCGUUCAUCCUGCUCGAGUCUCUGAGCACAUGUGGAGAUGUUGAUGUGAAAGAUUUGACCACACGUUGCUACAAGUUCUUCGGCCCGGGGACUGUGUACGAUCUGCCGCUGAAUGAUCCGUACAGGAAGAAAGGAGGCCCCAAAGCUGUCCUCCCUAUCAACGGCCCAUGGAACGGGAGCCUGAAAGCAUUCAUCAGAAAUGUGGACGCUGGAAAAGAAGAAACAGGCUGCGAUGUAGAUUGUCAGAUGGACGGCGUCACUAAGCUGGCUCCGGUUGUAGCCAUGUUUGCAGGUCGACCUGAGAUGUUGGAGAAAGUGGAGGAAGCCAUUAGAGUGACCCAGAACAACGACAUGUGUGUGGCUGGGACUCUGGCUGCAGCAAGGAUUUUGGAGCAUUUCAUCCUGAAUGGCCCUGAUCCUGAUGCCCUGGAUAAAGUUGUAGCUCAGCUGAAUGAUCCAAAAAGACAAAACCCUCAGGAUCUGGACCGAGCGGUCAUUGCUCAGCUCCAGCAGGUGAAGGAGCACCUGGUGAAGAGCAGCUCACAGCUGAUCCCCGCUGUGUUCACUAACACAUGAGCUCUGCCCGGUGCGUUCCAGGGAGCGCUUCAUGGUGUCCUGACUCUGAACCAGCUGGAUGAGGCAGUCAGGGACACGAUGCGCUGCGGGGGAUGCACCGCCAGCCGAGCCUCCUUCAUAGGGGCCUGUUUUGGAGCUCAGACCGGUCUGCAGGGAGUCCCAGAGUCAUGGAGGGAGAGGACGUUAAGGUUUCCUGAGCUGCUCAAGCUUGCUGAAAAUGUGGUCCAAAAAACACAACAAUUGUAGUUCUGCUCCAGUUUUGCCCUAAAUACAAAUGUUUUAUGAAGUAUUCAUGGAGUGUGCGUAUAAAUCUAUUUUUAGAAGCUGUUCUCUGGUUGCAGCUGCACUUUGACAUGACAGUAUAUGACAGUCUCAUUCUAAAGCCUUCCCUUGAAUGGAACCUGAAUCCCUUUGUUCCGUCAAAGCUGCAUCAUGCAGAGAGAGAAAAGUCAAGUAUUAGUGUUGUGUUGAGAUCUCAAAUAAAGAAGUUUCAUGCCACCAA